GCCCAAACAAAAAAAACAUCAGAAGAUAGAACACGCUGACAGUUGUGAAUUUAAUUGUUGCUGUUAAUUAUUUAAAAAUCAUUUACACACCAUAAGUGCAAUUAUUAAAGUAAUUUAAUAAUAAUUAAUAUUUAAAUAAGUAUAUACAUAUAUUUAUAUAUAAAUAUAUAUAAAGAAUUUAAAAAUGGAUGAAAUGAAUCUUCGUAGACUUUCAUAUAAAGAAUUGCAAUCUCUAGCUGCCAGAUUUUGUGUUCCUGGUAAUAUUAAGAAAGACAUAAUGAUUAAAGUAAUAAUUGCCGCACAACGCAACGAUUAUUAUGAAGUAAGAAAUAUAUUAAAUGGAAUCCAGCAUACGCGUAAAAAACGUUUCAAACAUUUGAAAUUAAUGGACGAGAACCAACUGAUAGUAAAUCCAGCACAUAAUCAGAUGUAUCACAACAAUUUCAUGCAGAACACGCGACCUAUAUCAGUGCCUCCAAUACCUUGGGCGUCAAGUAAAUUAGAAGUGUCAUCAGUAAAAACUCCAGUCCAUCACUACCUGAUCCAACACUACCAGAAUACAUUCUUAAAUACAUUUCCUCCAGCUUCCACACCUUCAAUUCUAUCUCUCCCACCAUCGCUGUCCCCUUAUCCCCCUCCUCCCCUGACUCCAUUUCCUCCUCCUGCCCCUACUCCACUGGCAUCUCUGAUCCUGCCCCCUCGCAAGGACCCAUCAUGGCCACCCCCUAUAAUGGAUCUUCGUGUCGACCAGUCACAGACCGAUCAGUCUUCGCCCCUUGAUCUCCAACGGAAGACCGUCUUGCUGAGUCACUCUCAGCAUCAACCUCUGGCAGAGGGUUCAGUUUUAAAGCAAUUACUCCAGUCAUCACUAAACAACAACAACAACAUAAACAAAGAACACGAUGAUUCUGAUACAAUGACAGCCAAUACCGACAGUACCGAUGAAGCUUCUAUUAAUAAUGACAAUUCCUACAUCAAUUCAUAUGAAACUCCUCCAUAUACUCGUACUUCAUUUACUCCCCAACUUCAAUUUAAUCCCCACCCCGAGCCUCUUAACCCUCAGUCUGAUCUCCCACCUUACCCUCACCCUAAUUCUAACCUUCAACUUUACUCUCACCCUACUCCUAACCUUCAACUUCAUUCCCAGUCUAAUCCUAACCUUCAACUGCUUCCCUAUCCCAAUCCUAACCUUCAAAUUCAUCCCCACUCUCAGCCUCAACUUCAACUUCAAUCCCAAUUAGUAUCAGCAGAUUUAUGGGAUUACCAAUCAAUUCAAUCACUAAAUAACCAGCAAUUAGAUACAGAAUUAGAAAUAACAUCCUACGAAUCAUCAAAUAAAAUAAAUAUCAUAAAUAAUUACGAGCAAUACAACUAUACUUCAAUUGAACAAAAUGAAGUACAGUCUGAAGAUAAAAAUACAAAUUACUAUCAAGACAUUAAUGAAAACAAAAAUGGCUACUCGAUUAAUUACGAGCAUCGAUACUAUAAUAAUUACAUUAAUAAUUAUAAUUCUAACCCUAACCCUAACCCUAAUGAUAACAGUAAUUUGAAUGAAAGCUACGAUGAGUCAUUUGACCAUUACGUGGACAAUGAGAGCAUUAAUGCUAAUGGGCAUGAUUAUAUUAAUUGCCAUGAUUACAAAACAAAGGAUUGUUUGAUUAACAAUAAUCAUCAUGGAGAAAAUGAUAGUAACAUUAAUGAGCCACUUAAAGACCUGAUUAAUUACUCAAGUACUUGGGCAGAUUGUUCGAACAAAUCUCUAACGGACAAGAGUUUGUCCGCGACAUCUAUCGGCUCGUCUGAAGAAACGAGGGAUGGAAUUAAUGGCGGGCAGUUGGAGAAUAUUUUGAAUUUACGGGAUGUUAAUGAAGGCAAUGAAGUUGAUGAAGAGAAAAUUAGGCAAACUUCGAGCGUUUAUUGUUACUCGGAGCCGGUAACUUCUCCGAGGUUAAAUUACGAGGUUAUGGGAGACAAAGUUAGAAAUUUUAAAUUAAUUGCGGAGAAGAGGAGACAUUUGUUUGGGAUUAAGUACAAGGUUUAUGAUGACUCACGCACUGGGAGAGCUAUGAGUCAGUUUGAGACACGCGAUUAAUAUCUAUUGUUUUUUUUUUCUUUUUGAUUUAUUUUUUGGUUAUGAUAUUUAAUUUUGAGAUUUUGGAUUUUUUAAAUUAUGGCGGGAAUAUUUAAAUUUGUAGGUUAUGAAGUACGAAGAAGUUCUUGAAGUUUAGGCGAUCGAAGAGCUGAAUUUUGGGCUUAAAGUAAAAAGUGGCGGGAAAAUUUGAAAUUGGCCUGAUUUAAAUUAUGAGCUUUUUUAAAUUGAAAAUUUAAGCGCCCGCCAUUUUUUCUUCAUUGAAAAUUCGCGCGUAAGCUGAUUUGAAUGUGGAAAAUUUGAAACGGAGUCAUGAAAAUUGACGGUUGGAAAAUUAUGAGUGAAAAAUUAAUGGGAGUUUAAAUUUUAAAAAUCCAAAAUCUUAAAAUUUUGAAAUUAUUUUUUUAUUUUAAAUAUCAAUGUUAUGAAAAUUUAUGAGAAUAUAAAUGAAGUUAAUGCAUUGAGGUUCAGUGCAAGUUAAAAUUUUAUUAUUUAUAAAAAAAGUUUUUUUUUUUUAUUUUUUUUUUUUUUGAAAUCUGUUGGAGAUUUGAUGGAUAAAAAUUUGAGUUUUUCGUUUUUUAAGCUGAUAACUUAUGAAAUAAAGUUUGUUACACUUUUGAAAUUUGGUACUUUUUUUUUUGAUAAAGGAAAAUGAGAAUUGAUAUUUUGUAACGGUGGUAUUUGAGUAUGGAUAAAAUGAUAAAGUAUGAAAAUAUGUAAGAUAUAUUUUGUAAUACAGUUUUUUUGAUAAAUAAAAAGAGUUUGUAACUC